AUGCUCUUCCCCAGUUCUAGCCGUGAUAACAGCAAUAACAGCCAGCAGAGAGACAACACCCUUGCUCAAUCAUCUACAUCAUUGCUCUCAACAACCACCUCCGAAACCCAACAUCAUCACGGUUAUGAUUUGGACAGUACCACCUCCUCUCCAUUCUACUACAACGGCACCAACAAUCAACAGGAACCAAUGGCCGAGCCAGGUUCUUUCUUAUUGGACUCGGCUUCUGCUGCGGAUCAUCAUCAUCACCACAGACAUCAUGCACCUAAUGUUGGUGUUUUAGAUCACGACGAACUGUUUCCUGCCCAUGAGCUUGAUGGGUCAUUUUCUACCCUACUGCAUUCUCCUCCACAAAUCGCCGCAAACAUGACCAGUUUUCAUGGCAAGCCAUACCAUUCAAGUUAUCACCAUGCUUCUGCACAUCAUCCCCACCCUCACCACCAUCAUCAUCCUCAUCACCAUCACUCUAACGAUGAACACCUUCUUCAAUGUUUGAAUCAAGACAAUUAUAUUGUUGGCAGACCAAUGGUACGCAUUCAUGUAUUUCCGAAUGGUACACUACAAUACGGAAAGAUGAUUUCAUUCGAUCCAGUUCAUACCUCGUUUGAGGAUUUAAUAGCCAUGGUUUCUGCAAAAUUUAGAUAUUCUCUCACGUUAAGUGGCAACAAGGAUGGCUCUCUCAAUAAUGCAUCAACCACGGAUCAGGUUGGGGCUGGAAGUGCAAGAAGUGAAAAAGAAAGCGAUGGAUUGCUGCCAAAACUCUUCUCGCUUAGAGGUACUGAAAUUGACAGCACCGAUCAAAUUAUUAAUAAUGAUGUUUUUUGUUUUGUACCACCAACAGAGCCAUUCAGACCUCCUAUUAGUUUGGAGAGAGUAUUGUUGAGUAAUUUAGAUUCCUCCCAACCAAAAGCCUAUCAUGUCUAUUCUCACGCUCUUCCUUCAUUUACGGGUAGUAACGGUGUCACCAACAGCAGUGCUAAUUCUAGAAGUACGACACAAAUGAAUCGAGAACGGGUCUCCUCUUCACAACCGUAUAAUCCUGAAGAAAUGGCCGCUGUGGUGGGACCUCCUCAAGUGGCUUCCUCUUCUUCUUCCUCAACCGUACCUCACAAUACUCAACAAUAUUUGGCAUCCAACAACAUGCAUGCAAACAAUGCCAACAACCUCAAUGAAAACGUUCCAGUUGGAACUAACACCACGACUUCGUUAGACACUGCACCAUUUUCGACUCCCACAAAGAAAGCACUCACAAACAAACUCAUCUCACACGCUCCAUCAUCUCCAGUCUUGAGAGCCACUCCAACGUCACUUCUUCCUGUACAUAGAGGAUUCCCUGUAAAUAUGGUCGAUCCAAUGAAUUUCGCAACUCCAUUCCAUUUUGCUUCGCCCACUCAUUUUUCAAACAAUACAGCCACUACACCAAGAAUUAAGAAGCAAAUUAUUCGCCUCAUUCCCGAUUUAUACUAUCAGAUUUUUUCAUUUCUCACACACAAAGAACUUGCUUUAGGUAUUGGCUUGGUAUGCAAAGAAUUUGAUCGAGAGUUUGCAAGAAAUGAAAUGUUAUGGAAGGAGCUCUGUAUGAACGUUUACAGUUACUACCUGAAAAGAAAAUAUCAGAACAUGACCAAUUCAAAAUCAUCAGAGAGAUAUCCCAGAUUUUUCUCUAGCACUGCGCUUCAUGAAAUCAAAUCCAAAUUUAUGAACGCGUGUGAGAAGCCACCUGGCGGAUAUUACAGAUCAUGGAAAACAUAUUAUCGAUUCUUUGUGAAUUGGGCUCUGAAAUUAUGCUGGGAUACUUGUGAGAGAGGAAAUAACAUCAAAUUUAAGAACAAUAAUGCAACGAUUUAUCGUGAAGACAACAUUACAUAUCAUUGGCAAACUGUGAGAACAAAUUUGCCAAUUCGAAUUCCAACAGAAUUGGAAAAACGUAAAAACGGAUACAUGACUCUUCCACUUAUUUCUGCAAGUGAUCUUGAAAAUGGAGAAGUAGAUAUCAUUACGGAUGAUGUAGCAAUCUAUGAAUUUGAAGUUAAGAUUGAAAAAUUCGACAAGUCAAACGCGAAUGGGUGGUGGAUUGUUGUCGGCCUUGAAACAGAGGCCUUCCCUUACAAGGAAUCUACUCCUACCAAUCUAAUAGGAUAUGAUAGACAUGCUGGAUUUGGAUAUGCAGGUGGAAAUGGUGACAAUCUACAUUUCUAUUCAAAUACACAUCUCAAACACAAACAACCAUUCACGUGCGAUCCAGUAGUUCAGUGGAAUAAUGUACCUUUUAAUGAAGGUGACAUUGUGAAAGGUCGUAUCAAGUACUAUCUCAAAGCUUUUGAAGAUGCGAUUGAUCCCAAAAACAAUAUUGGAUCUACUCUGUCUUGGUACAUUAAUGGAAAAUUUGUUGGAGAAUGUUUCAGAAAUAUUACUGGAACUCUAUUUCCAGCAGUUUCUCUUCUUACUAACCAAUCGGUCACUCUCCGCUGUGUGGAUCCAAUGUUUGAGCUAAUUGCAAAGGAUUUCAAAUAA